CAUAAAACAGAACGAAAGAAAAUUAGCGAUUUCUAAUUCCGUCACCCGAAACAAUGAACGGCCGAUAAAUCUCGCGAUACUAUUGAAACUACUACCCCCAAAAUGCACAGCGGCUUCGGUCCGUCCGCCUAUCCCCUGGAGUCUGGAGGGUCCCGGCAUGCCUCAAGGCGCGAAAGGCAGCCUGGGAACCGUAGUCCUCUUGGACGCCUACCGGUAUUGCCAGCGCGGCAGUGGCGGAUCUCGGUUCCGUCCAGCGGGUUCUGUAAAGCGAGCUGAGGCGGAGAAAGGGCGCGGAACUGGAAAGGGGUGAGUCAGGCGCUGGCUACGUGAUAAAGGGAGGCGGCACUGCGGCAUAAGACUGAAUUAGGUAAAUGGACCCGUGCUGCAGUCUCUCCGGAGACACCGUGAUCUAGCGCCAGCGAGAAGAGGGCGAGGAGGAGCCAGAGCCCGGUCCUUGCACCCGUUCUCGCCCUCGUACCCCGCCGCCAUCUCCACCAUGCAGUCCCGGGAAGAAGCUCCGCGCUCUCGCCGCCUGGCCAGUCCCCGCGGUGGGAAGCGGCCCAAGAGGGUUCACAAGCCCACGGUUUCGGCUUUUUUCACGGGCCCGGAGGAGCUGAAGGACACGGCUCAUUCUGCAGCCCUGCUGGCGCAGCUGAAGUCUUUCUACGACGCGCGGCUGUUAUGUGAUGUGACCAUCGAGGUGGUGACACCUGGCAGCGGGCCUGGCACCGGCCGCCUCUUCCCCUGCAACCGUAACGUGCUGGCUGCCGCGUGUCCCUACUUCAAGAGCAUGUUCACAGGUGGCAUGUACGAGAGCCACCAGGCGAAUGUGACCAUGCAUGAUGUGGAUGCCGAGUCCUUCGAGGUGCUGGUCGACUACUGCUACACAGGUCGUGUAUCCUUGAGUGAAGCCAACGUGGAACGCCUUUACGCGGCCUCUGACAUGUUGCAGCUCGAGUACGUGCGGGAAGCUUGUGCCUCCUUCCUAGCCCGCCGCCUUGACCUGGCCAAUUGCACCGCCAUCUUUAAGUUUGCCGACGCCUUCGGCCAUCGCAAACUGCGAUCACAGGCCCAGUCCUUCAUCGCCCACAACUUCAAGCAGCUCAGCCAGAUGGGUUCGAUUCGAGAAGAGACUCUGGCAGACCUGACCCUCGCCCAGUUGCUGUCUAUCCUGCGCCUUGAUAGUCUAAACAUAGAGCUUGAGCAGACCGUGUGUCAUGUGGCAGUGCAGUGGUUGGAAGCGUCUCCCAAGGAGCGCGGUCCCAACGCUGCGGAAGUCUUCAAGUGUGUCCGCUGGACCCACUUCACAGAUGAAAAUAAGGACUACCUGGAAGGGCUGCUGACCAACACCAUUGUGAAGAAGUACUGUCUGGACCUUAUCGAAGGGGCCCUGCAGAUGCGAUACGGUGACAAGUUGUGCAAGUCUCUGGUGCCGAAGCCAGAGAGCAGUGGCGGCAGCAGCGGCAGCGGCACUAGCGGCGGUGGCGGCGGCAGCGGCGGCAGCGGCAGCGGCAACAGCAGUGGCGGCGGCGGCGGCGGCAGCGGCUGCGGCAGUAGCAGCAGCAGCUCUAUGGUACCUACAUCAGAAAAUCCGCCCCAGAGGCUGGGUGUGUGCGCUAAGAAGAUGGUGAUCUUCUUUGGACAUCCUAGGGAUCCCUUUCUGUGCUGUGACCCGUACACCGGAGAUAUUUACAAAGUGCCGUCACCUCUGACCUGCCUUGCUCACACCAGGACUGUAACCACCUUAGCUGUCUGUGUCUCUCCAGACCAUGACAUCUACCUGGCUGCCCAGCCCCGGAAAGACCUGUGGGUGUAUAAGCCAGCCCAGAAUAGUUGGCAGCAGCUUGCCGACCGCCUGCUGUGUCGCGAGGGCAUGGAUGUGGCCUACCUCAAUGGCUACAUCUACAUCUUGGGUGGGCGAGACCCGAUUACCGGCGUUAAAUUGAAGGAAGUGGAAUGCUACAGUGUUCAGAGAAACCAGUGGGCACUGGUGGCUCCGCUACCCCAUUCUUUUAUAUCCUUCGAUCUAAUGGUAAUUCAGAACUAUCUUUAUGCUCUCAACAGCAAGCGCAUGUUCUGCUACGAUCCUAGCCACAAUAUGUGGCUGAAGUGUGUUUCUCUGAAGCGCAAUGACUUUCAGGAAGCCUGUGUCUUCAACGACGAGAUCUACUGUAUCUGUGACAUCCCAGUCAUGAAGGUCUACAAUCCAGUCAGAGGAGAGUGGAGGCAGAUCAAUAAUAUUCCCUUGGUGUCGGAGACCAACAACUACCGGAUAAUCAAUCACGGCCAAAAACUGUUGCUGAUCACGUCGCGCACCCCACAGUGGAAGAAGAACCGGGUGACCGUGUAUGAAUAUGACACUAGGGGAGACCAGUGGAUUAACAUAGGUACCACGUUAGGCCUCUUCCAGUUUGAUUCCAACUUCUUCUGCCUGUCAGCUCGUGUUUAUCCUUCCUGCCUCGAGCCUGGUCACAGUUUCCUCACGGAGGAAGAAGAUGUGCCGAGUGAAUCCAGUACUGAAUGGGAUUUAGGUGGAUUCAGUGAGCUGGACUCUGAGUCAGGAAGUUCAAGUUCUUUAUCUGAUGAUGAUUUGUGGGUUCAGGUAGCUCCUCAGUGAAAUGCACAGGAUCAGAAUUUGUUGUAGACAGGUUGAAACACUACGGUGUUUUUACUGCUUUGGAAAGUGUCUUAAAGAGAUACCCUUUCUCUUUGCUGGGAAAACAACAAAACAAAACAGGUUGAUUAAUUUCAGGUUUGGUUUAGAAAGGGUAUUGUUUGAAAUACUAACAUAUUUAAUGUUAGGGAGUUUAUACACUCAAAGAAAUCAACCUAUUUAAUAAUUUACUGUUCUAGAAGUCCUAUAUUGAUUUGAUUGUUUGGUAUGUUUAUGUUUGAUUAUACUAAUUUAGUCUUCUGUUCUUAAAUCUUAUAUUCUGUUUCGUGCCACAAGUACUGUGACUUGAAUUUUGAUUUUUAAAAUAGAAAACUUACUGGCUAGGAAUUACCAGGUGGGGUUUUGAAAGUAUAUAUUUUCCUUCAGAACAGGGUAGUAGGUUUCCACAACUUUAAAUUAGUGGGUUAUUACAAAAUGUGUUCUAAUUUAAAUAUAGUUUGCCAGGUUUUAGCUUAGUUACCUCCCCUGUGUGAAGAAGAGAAACAAAGACAGCUUAUAUGUUUAAUGUGACUGGUGAUUUCAUUUGUAAUGAUGUGCAGAAUGGCAGUAAGCUCACUAAAAGUAAAAACGAAGCAAACACAAACAGGAUUCUACUGUUUGGAAAGAAAUUUGUUUUAAAUUUGUAAUAUAAAAUGUGUAUUUGCAAACAGUGACCAGUUUUCCAUCUGUUCUAGUAGUGUCACCAGUCAUUGAGAAACCUUAAAAAAAACAAAAACAAAACUAACUUGCUUUGUCGCUUCACAUUUUUGACCUAUACUUGAUACAUGCUUCACAGAAUCAGAGGAAUAAUCCUCUUUUUCACUGGAGACGAUUGUGUAAAUUUGUAUCCAUUGUCUUAAAAAGUUUAUGUGAUUCUUAAAAUACUUGGGCUGUACAAUUUUAGUGUUCAUCUGAGAUUUGUCAGCAAAAUGUGAUUAUUCUUUGCUGUUUAAUGAGAUAAUAUUCGUUUUGAAAAUAUGUGUAAGCUAAGAACAGUAUUUUAUUGAGAUCAGUAGAUAUUGUGUCUAUCAACUAUAAAAUCAAGUGCCAGCAAAGGACUUUAAAACUUUAAGUUGUGUAUAGAACUGUUUUGUGUAGCAUUGAAAUAUUGUCAGUUUUUGUAAGUCACUAAAUGUUAUUAUCAGCUUAAAGGUAUUUUUGUAUUAAAAGUUUACAGUUAAAUAACAUAAGUGAAUGAUGGCAUUUGGGGCCAGUAGUGAAAGUAUAUUUCGUCUAAAAUAUUUCCCUAAGCAGUGGUAUACAUGUUCAAUUCAUGGGUCUUCGGAGUCUUGGCCUUAAAACACUGGAUGUGUCUUCCACCACUCUUUUUCCUUUCUCAGGGGAGAAACAUGGAUAUGGUGGUGACCCAGUUUUGACAAUCCAACAGACAACAUCUUGGAGAAUGGCAGAACAACAAGAUGAAAAGAACCUGCAUCACUGAAUGAUUUUAUGGAAUAUAGAUACUUACCUGUUCUGAAUCACCUUUGAUCUCUGCAUAUUACAGAGAAAAAUAUACUUCUGUCU